GUGGAACGCACACAAACGUUAAGUGUCACCUGAAACUUCAACCGCAGUAGUAUUUCCCGGGGCACAUCACGCCUUUUCCGUGGCCAAAGUCUCCGCGCUCUGGGGCUUUGGAGAACUGCAAGUCCCAGAGAUCUCGGCAUCAGUGAACCCAGGACACGGGCCCAGGUUAGUUAACAUGGCAGCGCCGUCCGGCAACACAUGCGGGGCUAUGGAGCGCUCUAUCCGGGAGCGGGUCCCCCCGCUGCUCACGGACCUGUACCAGUUCACCAUGGCGUAUGCGUACUGGCGGACUGGCCGGCACCACGAGCCCGCCGUGUUCGAGCUCUUCUUCAGGGACAACCCGUUCGGCGGCGGCUUCUCGCUGUUCGCCGGGCUGCACGACUGCCUGCUGUUCUUGCGCAGCUUUCGCUUCACAGACGAAGAUGUUGAGUUCCUGCGCUCUGUCCUGCCCCCGGACACUGACCCCGCCUUCUUCCAGUUUCUGCGAGAUCUGGACUGCUCCUGCGUCACACUCCGCUCCGUCCCAGAGGGCACUGUGGUAUUUGCCAGGGUGCCUCUAAUGGAGGUUUCAGGUCCGCUGGCUGUGGUUCAGCUGCUGGAGACCAGUUUACUGUGUCUGGUCAACUACGCCAGCCUGGUGUGCAGUAACGCUGCCCGUUUCCGCCUGGCGGCCGGCCCCAGGAGGAAGCUGCUGGAGAUGGGCCUCAGGAGGGCUCAGGGACCAGAUGGAGGGCUCACCGCCUCACGAUACACAUACAUUGGAGGGUUUGAUCUCAGCAGUAACGUUCAGGCUGGUUUCCUGUUUGGGAUCCCCGUCGCAGGGACCAUGGCGCACUCAUACAUCACUUCCUUUACCUCCCUGGAGGAGGUGUGGCCACAAACGCUUGUGGCGGUGAACGGGGAGAAAGAUCCAGUUGACGUCAUCUCGUUAACGAAGGGCUGGCUGAGUCGGGUGUGUGAGCUUCUGGGAGCCGAGCCUGGGAAGAUCAGCGAGGGCGAGUUGGCUUCCUUUUUGUCGUACGCCAUCGCCUACCCUCAGAACUUCCUCCCAGUGAUCGACAGCUACAGUGUGGGCUGUGGUCUGCUGAACUUCUGCGCUGUGGCCUUGGCGCUGUGUGAACUGGGCUACAGGCCUGUGGGAGUGCGUCUCGACAGCGGAGACCUCUGCCGGCAGUCGGUUGACGUCCAUCGUGUCUUCAGACUCUGCAGCGAGCAUUUCUCCAUCCCGGCCUUUGACUCGUUGAUCAUCGUUGGGACCAAUAACAUCACAGAGCAAAGCAUGGCGGAGCUCAACAAGAAGGAGAAUGCGAUCGAUGUGGUUGGUGUGGGGACACAUCUGGUCACCUGCACACAACAACCCUCGCUGGGCUGUGUGUACAAGCUGGUGGAGGUGAGGGGGAAGCCCAAGAUGAAGAUCAGUGAGGACCCAGAGAAGAGCACUGUCCCCGGGAGGAAAGCUGUCUACAGGCUAGUUGACGCGGAGGGCCAUCCUUUUCUGGACUUGGUGUGUCUUGCUGCGGAGUCUCCUCCAGAGGCGGGAGGUUCUCUGAACUGUUUCCCUCUGAGCUGUGAUGAUUCCUGUAUCUCAGUCAUUCCAGCUCAGGUCGCCUGUCUGCGCCAGGACGUGUUUACCAAAGGACAGGUCACACACCCUCUGUGCAGCGCUGCAGAAACUAAAGCAAAGGUCCAGAGCUCCCUCCAGACUCUGCACCCUCGACACAAGAGGCUGCAGGAGCCCGACUCUUACACAGUGGCGCUGUCAGAGAAACUCCAUAACCUUGUCACAGAGAUUCGAAAAGGAAGCUCCAACAACAGGAACUUCCUCUUGGCCAACUAAAGAUAUUCCAACUGCUCUGUUGUCAUCUCCUGUUUUGUUCUUUUUUGGCUUUUUAUUGACACUAAUCGAAAUUUAAUUUAGUUAAUUUAGCCUAUUAUUUAAAUGUAUAAGUGAUCUUUUUUCUUUAUACAACAGGCUUAAAGUUUUUUGUCCCUACCCCUGAUUUUCACCAACUGCGGAACGGCUGCGGAUCGGCUCCGCUGCGUGACAACCCCGUGCUCCCCCGUCCUUCAGUACCCACCACGUCCAGAUUUGUUGCAGAACGGGUGCGGCUAUGACUGACAGCUAAAGUCACAUGGACCCACGAGAUCUCGUAAAUUCACGUAUGAUUGCGCGAUAUAACAGGAUGUAGUUUCUAUAAAGAGAACCACAAAACCUCCGACCCAUUUUAUUUUGAAAACUAACCGGAUGCUUUUUAUUUUGUUUCUGUGCUCAACUUCCUGUCCCACACUAUCUGCCGUGUACUGAAUUACUGCAGAGCUUUCCGCCAUCCGGGAAAAAUAGAAGGUCUGCAUAUCUGGUCCGGAUUGCCGGAGCUGGGACGGAGUCGGGAGGCAGCCGUUCUGCAGUCAGUGAAAAUACACACAUUGACCUUAAUGGAAACCUAAUGACCCCGCCGUUCUGGAGCGGAUCCUCAGCUGUUCCGCAGUUGGUGGAAAUCAGCGGUGACUCUGUUUCACCCUCUGUCUCAGUUGAAACUGUCAAGGUACUGUAUGAUAAAUAACUUUAAGCCUGUCGUAUAUGUUCUGCUUCCAAACUAUUUAAAUUGAUGGAUAACUUAACUGUGGAGCACAGUCAGAUACAUUUGUGCUUAUAUUUAUAAGAUUUUUAAUAGGCUUUUGUUUCCUCUCUUAUUGUCUGAGAUCCUAAUGUAAAUAAAAGAGGCCUCAACUGCUAACAUUUU